AUGGCGCCGGAGCGCAGGGCGGAGGGUCCGCCGCGGGCCUUUCUGCAGAGCCUCCGCCCGCUCUACGACAUCCUGGAUGAGCGGCGGCGGGGCUACGUCCACCUGCGGGAGAUCGAGUCGCGCUGGCUGCAGCCGGGCGGGGAAGCGGGGCCGCUGCCGCCGGGGGUCCUUGAGGGGCUGCGCCGAGCGGCUCCGGCCAGCGGCUACCUGACCUUCGAGCGCUUUGUGCUGGGCCUCCGGCUGGCGCUCCUUGGCCCCGAGGCAGACGACGGCUCCGGCGGGAAAGUCGCGGCCCGAGCGCCCGGCCCCCCCGGCGGCCCCCCGACGCCGCCGCUGAAACGGGCCCCCCACGCCUCUCGGAGCCUGGAGCGGAGCAGCCGCGGCGGCCGGGCGGAGCAGCAGCUGCAGGGCAAGCGAGCCGCAGGAGAGGCCAGUGAGAGCCGGAAGCUGCCCAGGGAGCAGGUGGGAAACGAGGGUCCCUGCAAGGAGCCGCGGAGGCAGCUGAGCAUUCGAGGGGAAAGGCGGAGACACACUAUCACCCACGGAGUGGAUUACGAGAUGCUGAAGCAGAUGAAGGAGCUGGAGAAGGAGAAGGACUUCCUGCUGCAGGGGCUGGAGCUGGUGGAGGAGGCCCGGGGCUGGUACCACCAGCAGCUCCAUCGCCUGCAGGGGCACCAGAAGCAGCUGGCACAAAGCAAAGGCCGCCAGCAGGAAGAGGAGAGCCGGAUCCCGCUGAACCAUCUCGUCCCCCAGUGCCUCUGCCAGCUGCUCUCCCUCUCUGCCAAGCCUGGGAACUCAAGCCCCACCGUCUCCCACAGCCCGCCGACCACUCUGCUGGGCCCCAUCCCAUCCCUAGGGCCACAACAGACCAUCAACAUGCUGAAAGAACAGAACAGGCUUCUCACCAAGGAGGUGACAGAGAAAGGCCACCGGAUCACCCAGCUGGAGCAGGAGAAGUCUGCCCUUAUCAAGCAGCUCUUUGGUGCUCGGGCCAAAAGUACCAAGGACAGCGACCAUCUGGACUCCACCUUUAUUUAGCCUCUGGACACCCGUUGCCUAUUUCUGGGGCAUUCCCCCCCCCCCCCCGAGACUGGGAAAAUGGGACAUCUCCCAUGGAGGGGGGGAGGCUGCAGAAGAAUCUGGAACCUGUCCCCCCCUCUCUUUGCAAGCUGGCCCUUCUGGACCUUACGGCCAGCAGGAGGCAUCGCAGCACCUUCUCUGGUCAAGGAUAUCCUUAACGGGCACUUUGCAGGGUCAGGAGUGGGGCUGAGACUCCCAAGGAAGACCCCUUCCUGACCGCAACACUCCUGGACGUUUGAAAAAACUGUGUAGCAGCCCCGUCAGACUCUUAGAACAUCACACGGGGUUCCGAUUCCCACCUCUUAGAAUAAACACGGGCUCUCUUUUGUGCCUGGGCCUCCGAAUGAUAUGGGCAUUUUUUAAUUUUAUUUUUAUGGCUGACAUUUCCAUGGUGCUCUACUCCAAACUGUGCCCGCAGAAGGGGAUAUAUAUGUGAAUGCGCUUCCUCUGUGUAGCA